AUGUACUUGAAUCUCAUAAUUUAUCACCAACAAUCUGAAACUGUCACAACUGAAGUUGUUGUCAAGACGGAAGAGACAGAAACGACAGAAAAUACAACGACGAUCGUCGUUCCGCAGCCAGAGGAAAAAACUGUGGUACAGGUAACCACUACGCAAGAGACUGUAACUGUGGAAAAGACUGUGGACGUUGAAGGCAAUGGAAGUCUCGAAGAGGAAGUAAAACUGGAAGAGAAAGAAAAUGCUGAAAAUAAUACAAGCGGUACGCAGAAGGCUGACCUCCAUAUCGUCAUUAACCAAGAACCGAGUUCGGCAGAAGUUCAACAGAACAUGGUUGCAGAAGAAAUUAAAAAAGAGAACAAUCUACUAAAAGCUAUCCUGGUGACUGUUUUCUGCUGCCUUCCGUUAGGAAUUGUGGCCAUCAUUCAAGCUAACAAGGUUUGCUUUAUUUUCUUGUCUAUUUUAUUCUUUUAUGAACGAUUUUAUUAUAUAAGACAAAAACAAUUGCAAGGAAAUUUCUAUGUUGUUGCUUGACCCGUUAGAAAUGUC